AUGGCCGCCAAGGAUGCACUUUUCCAGCAUUUCUGCAUUCUGUCUGUCCUGUUCCUCUUGAUCAACCACUUAAUAUGCCUUCCCAAGGAUGAAGACAGGAAGGUCUACAUAGUUUACCUCGAUUCUCUUAAUCCAACUGAAACAUAUUCCCCCACUUCUCAGCAUCUCGGUUUGCUGCAACAAGUUGUUGAGGACCAGAGGUCCGCUUCCGCUUCACUCAUCAGAAGCUACAAAAGUAGUUUUAAUGGUUUUGCUACUAAGCUCACUGAAAAAGAGGCACAGAAGCUAGCCAGCAAGGACGAAGUAUUCUCAGUGUUUCCUAGCCAAACUUUCUAUGUGCAGACCAGAAAAUCAUGGGAUUUCAUCGGAUUGUCCAAGACAGCAAAAUGGAUGCCCUCCACAGAGGGCAACAUAAUCAUUGCAGUUUUAGACUCCCGCACUUAUCCCGAGUCCGAAUCAUUCGGUGACAAAGGCUUUGGCCCCCCUCCUCGCAAGUGGAAGGGCUCCUGCAAGGGUGGAUCCAACUUCACUUGCAACAACAAGCUCAUCGGAGCACGAUAAUAUGUAUCUGGCGAGGAUUCUGCCUUCGACGGUGAAGGACAUGGGACAAACACAGCCUCAACUGCUGCCGGCAAUGCGGUGGAAGGGGCCAGCUUUUUCGGAAUAGCUAAUUGAACAGCUCGAGGGGGGGUACAGUCCUCCAGGAUCGCCAUUUACAAGGUAUGCGAUUUCAUGGGGUUUUUGCGAAGGAGAUGGAAUUUUGGCAGCCUUCGACGAUGCAGUUGCAGAUGGAGUGGAUAUCAUCACUCUUUCACUGGGCGAUGGGGCGCCUUCUCCUUUUAACGAAGAUCCUGUCGCGAUAGGAGCUUUCCAUGCGACAUCAAAGGGUAUCCUAGUGAGUCAAUCUGCAGGAAAUUCUAGGCCCACUGCGGAAACAGUGAGCAGUGUCACCCCUUGGAUCCUCACUAUGGCAUCGGCUGUUCAUCACCAAGCUUGUCCUGGGGAACGGGACGGUUAUGACUAUAUGUUUUCACUCUACAAACUGUCUCACGACUUAGUUUUUUGUGAAAGGAAAUGCAACAUCGGAACAGCUUUCUGCAACAACGCAUCUGGUUCGGAUAUGUUGAUAUGUAUGCAACUAAUAAGGCUAGUUAAUAUACAAGGGUACAACAAAUCUCCGCUAAUCUUGGCAAGAUAUACUCUCUAAUAAUAUUAGUUCUGAAUGGACUUUGUCCCAAUGAUUGAUUUUCCAAUAAGAACCACAUGUUAUUUCUUCUCUUUAUUGUUGCAGUCACAAAUCGAUGGAAAAGGAGAACAAUUUAUUUAUGGGGUAGCAAGACCUACCUAGCAGAGGCGUCGCCACAAGAGCUUGAAACUUGCUUCCCGAACACGAGAGGAAAAUAAUUCGGAGCUGAUGGAAACAAAUUUAUUGCUACGCCCUAUUUAAAUAGAAACGAGUAUCAAGAAAUCAGACAGUGAGAAACCAGAAUUUCGACCUAUAAGAAGAGUAAAACGAAUCCAUGAUCAGUAUUAUUAGAGAGUAUAUCUUGCCAAGAUUAGCGGAGAUUUGUUAUACCCAUGUAUAUUAACUAGCCUUAUUAAUUGCAUACAUAUUAGGCAAUAGAUAUCUUAAAAUUCUUUCCUCUUUUCAUGUAAUCGACAGUAUAUGUACAUGAUCAAGCAUGAAUGAAAUUAAGCUUUUAGCUCAGAUAUUAUUUCAUUUGCAGAGCCUGCUAUGAGGGCUGUCUAGAAAUGCAGAAAGUGGCUGGGAAAAUCAUGAUCUUCGAUGGGGGUGCUUGAUGGACUUUCCGAGGCGGCAGCAUUUGGUGCUCAGGAGACAAUCCUGAAGGGCGCGGAUCAUGACGAUGCUUCUGCUUAUCCAUUUCCCUCUGUGGCCCUGGACGACUCCAGCUUUGAAAAACUCCUAUCCUACCACAAUUCCACAAGUGCCUGAAUUCAUGAAUAUUUUCUCGCAUCGUUUAAUCAUUUUUCCUUUUGUCAUAUAUUGACAAGAGUUAUUUCUCGAUGGUGUACUGCAGAGAUCCUCAAGCCCUUCGAGUUGGCCAUCAACAGGACUGUCACCAAUGUAGGGCCUCCGAACUCGACCUACAAGGCCAAAGUUGACAUCUCCCCAAACAUUAACAUCACUGUGGUCCUAGAGGUCAUUUCCUUCGAGUCCGUUUUCGAGAAGAGGUCUUUCUCCAUUGGGAUUUCAGCGAGUGGUUUGCAAUAUGGCGCACUGUUGUCUAAUGAGGUCGUUUGGUCCAAUGGCGUGCGCCAUGUGAGGUCUGGUCAUCGUGUAUACUGAACAAGAGAGUC